AUGCCAAUGAAACGGAAGUACGAGUUCCUGCAGGAGGUCUGCAGCGAGGAUGCUGCGAGCAUAUGGGAUCAGACGUGCGGAGACUCUGGUAAGAUGACAGACCUCCUCAGCCAGCGCUUUGUGGACUGCAACACAUGCUCCUCCCAGCAGCAUAUCGACGACGACGACGAGGACGACGACGACGACGAGGAGUCAGGCCGCGAGUACUUCUGCGUGAUCUGCCAGGAGACAGACUUUGACAUGAGCAACAAGAGGCUGCUUGAGCACGUCCUCCAUGACGAGCAAGAGUCCCUGGUGCCCCCUACCUGCCCUCAUCCCGGAUGCAGCACCAUAGUCGGCUACAACAUCCAAGCUCUGCUCCUCAUCUACGCUGACGAUGAGCAAGCGCAGCGUCUGCUCAAGGCUUACGAUAGCAAGAAGAGCAAGUACGACGCUUGGAAGUUGGGUCACCUGCCCUGCUUGUCCCCUUGCUGCCAGGCCGUCUCGAGGCUGGUGUUGAUUGGACAUGCGGCGAGCGAGGCUACGGUCAAGUGCGACAGCUGCAUGGCCACCUACUGCGCUGCUUGCUCGAUGGCGUCCGGAAGCUUGGUUCCCUCCCACAUUCUCGUCGACUGCGAGCAGCGAGUCCUGACUGAGGAGGGGUUGCGAGCUCUCGAUCAGGUGUACGAUGCGACGGGUGAUGAGCUGAGACGAAUGAGACUGCGCGACCCUCCCGCAGCGCUCAGACGGCAGACAGAGGCGCUGAAGCCCAGCAAGACCCCCGGCUGCGAGCACGACUACUUUGGAUGGAUCUGUACAGGGGGGAAGACCGACUGGAGGGCGAGGAACGCCUUGAGCUCCAUGAACACGUCGCCGUCGAACUGCUCGAUGCGCGUCUGCGGAUCGUCGAGCAGAAGCGUGGGGCUGUUCGAGAGCACGCGACAGACGCUCGAGGGCAUGAUCCGCAACCCCGCUGUUCCUGACGUGCCAGGUCGUGCUCCGCCGGAGGCGACGACGUCGCUGAGCCUUCAAGACAUCCACAGCAUGUGCGAUAAAGCUUUUCUCACCUCCCUGAAGGCGAGGAUCAGCAGGAUCGCCAGCGGCAAAGAGCGCGAGGAGGCCCGAGCAGAGGCUCGCAGUGACCAGGAGGAGAUCGCAAGGACCUCCAAGCCCUGCACCAAGUGCGGGUACCGCAUCGUCAAGAUGGGAGGAUGCGACCACAUGACGUGCAGGAAGUGCCGGCACGAGUUCUGCUGGAGGUGCCUCAAACCAACGAUCGACCACUUCCACAGCAGCUGUCAGGGGAAGCCAGACCUGCUUUCGUUCUCAGAGGAGCUACAGCCUGCCAUCAAGGACGUCAUCGACAAGUACCGCGGAGUCGAGUCGCCUAUCGAGAGCAGCCUAGUCGAGUACGCGCACAGGCACUUGGCUCCCGGCCAGCCUGUCGACGAGGACAGGAAGAGAGCGGACUCGCAGCGGAUCUCCGCAAUGCUGGAGCGGCGCGAGCCCUUCAUGCUCAGAUACUUCGACCCCCGCGAGGUCAGACGCAGAGCGGAGAUGAGGAGACUGCAGGAUAUGCAGCGGGAGGUUGAGCAAGAGAGGAUUGCCUGCUCCUUUGUGCUCCGUCAAGUCCGUGACAGCAGUCGCAGCCCCAUCAGCAAGGACGCAGCCCUCCGAGUCUGCUCGGACCCCUCCAAGCAGUACCUCAAGUACCGGGCCGCCAAGCGCAGCCUCUUGGACGCGCAGGAGAAGAUGAGGAGGGAGACACGUGAAGCCCCGGCUGACUACGUCGAGCGUCAGCGCCGCAUGAUCGACUGUCAGUGCCACGUCAUCGACGUGGAUCUUGCUCGCCUGGAGAUGCAGAAGCAAGCUUGCGUCCUCAUGGGCAUGGACGUGCCUCCCUGGCUCCUGUCAUGCUCCGAGCGGCUCUCAGAUGCCAAGGAGCAGCAGGCGCAAGACAUCAGCCAGGCUGUCUGCACCAGGACCUUUCUGGACGCUCAUCGAGACUACAUGCUCUCGAGGAUGAGCCAACGAGUAGAGCCGAGAGUCCUAGAAUGGUGA